AUGGGACUAAAAGGGCUCCACCCUCAGGUGCUGAGGGAGCUGGUGGGGUUGACUGCCGAGCCACUCUCUGCCAUCUACCAGCACUCCUGGUUAACUGGAAAGGUCCCAGAGGAUUUGAGCCUUGCCAACGUGACUCCCAUCUACAAGAAGGGCCUGUGCCCAGGCAGCCAGGUGGCCAAUGGCAUCCUGGCAUGUAUAAGAAAUAACGGCCAGAAGGUGCAGAGAAGUAAUCAUCCCCUUGUACUCAGCUCUGGUGAGGCCACAUCUCGAGUACUGUUUCAGUUUUGGGCUCCUCACUACAAGAAAGACUUUGAGGUCUUGGAAUGCAUCCAGAGACAGGCAAUGAAACUGGUGAGGGGUCUGGAACACAAGUCUUAUGAGGAGCAGCUCAGGGAGCUGGGAUUGUUUAGCCUGGAGAAGAGGAGGCUCAGGGGAAACUUCAUUGCACUCUUCAACUUCCUGAAAGGAGGUUGUGAUGAAGAGGGGUUUGGCCUCUUCUCCCAAGCAACAAACAGAACCCAAGGAAAUUUUUGCAAGUUUUACCAGAAGAGGUUUAGAUUGGACAUAAGAAGGAGCUUUUUUUCUCAGAGAGUGGUCAGGCACUGGAAUGGCUGCCCCAAGGUGGUUGUGGGUGCCCCAUCCCUGGAGGCAUUCAAGGCCAGGCUGGAUGUGGCUCUGAGAAGCCUGGUCUGGCGGUUGGCAACCCUAAAAGCUGGAAAGCUUUCCAUUCCACAGAAAGGAUCUAACCCAAAAGAUGACUAUAAAGCCCAACUACGCAUUAAUACUUCAUGUCCUCCUCGAGUUCUGUUUGAAGCAAUAGAAGAGGACCAAGUCUUCUCCAUCUUUAGAGCACACAGCAGAGGAGGAAUGGACACAAGAGACAGUGUCAGCCUUUCAGAAAGAAGUCCCCUCUAA